AUGGAGUUUCUGGUUAAAAGGGGUUGUGAGGCUGCUGAAGCAAAGGAAUGGGACACAUUUAGGGCUAUCUUGGCUCUAAGUAUAUAUGGCAUCGUGUUGUUCUCAGACGUUCCUAACUCUGUUGACAUGAAUGCAAUUCAUAUGUUCAUCUUGCAGAAUCCGGUUCCUACACUUUUGGGGGAUGUUUAUCACUCCAUUCAUCACAAGAAUGGUCAGAAGGGAGGUAAGGGAGGUCUGGUUAGACUCUGUGCUCCGUUGUUAUACCGAUGGUUCAGGUCACAUCUGCCUGAGCGUGGAGCUUUCGUUGAUAGUAGGCACACAUCUAAAUGGGUUGAAAGGAUUAUGGGGCUGAGGGCUAAAGAUAUUGUCUGGUACAAUAGCGCUUUAGAUGACAGGGAAGUUAUUAUGAGUUGCGGAAAGUUCAAAAACGUACCUCUCAUGGGUCUUAGGGGCGGAAUCAACUAUAACCCCAUCUUGGCCAAAAGAACAUUUGGAUAUGCUUUUAUCAGUCCACCUGAGCAAACAGAGAUAGCUGAGAACAUUUUCUAUCAUGUGGCCACCGACAAUGGGCAGAUGGCAGAAGCUGUACAAGCCUGGAAGAGUAUUUGUUGGAGAGAUAAGAAACAUUUUGGUCAGCGAGACUGUGCUACUUAUGAGGAUUAUACUAAGUGGGUCGAGUCUGUGGUUGCUGUUCAAGGGAUGCCUUUCCCUCCUAAGGACCCUUUGUACCCUCCUGCUGAGCUUGAAGAAUUGUAUGCUAGAGGAAGUACUUCUCAGAAAAGGCCAAGGGUGACCAUAGACCCUAAAUUUACUGAAACUCAAGAGAAGAAGCUGAAAGAACAUUACGAGGCCCAGUUGGCAGAUUUGAUUGAAAGACUCCAGAUUCAGACUAAAGAAGCCAAUUCAGAAAGGGCUCGUCGAAAGAAAGCCGACAAACUCUUGUUGGAACGCCAAGGGACCUUAGAAAAAUGCUAUGAAGAAAUCCGAAAGCUGAAGGGUCAAGUAGAAGAAAAAGGUCAAGGUAGUACCCAAGCUCAAGAGGAAGCCAGAUGCUGGGAGUUAAAGAACCGCUACAUGGAAACAAUGCAUUUCAGAAAGGACCUGCUGAUUCAGGAGAUCAUUAAGAGGCCAACCCGUGCUGAGACUAAAAAGCUUUUUGAAGAAAUGAAGACCUGA